AGCUACUGACUUGGGAACAUCAGUAGGAACCAUGAGUGCCCGACCUCUGUACAUCUUCCUUCUGCUCAUUGUGAUAGCGAUUUGGCUAGACUCUUGCACCGCACCAAGACCAAAAAGGAGAUGUCCACCAGCCCCUUCAAAUGCUCGCUGCUGGGGCCAUCGAAAGAACAAAUGUGGAAAAGAUAGUGACUGCAAAUAUUGGCAAAAGUGCUGCAAUAAUGGGUGCAUCUGGACAUGUACGAAUGUCUACCAUGGUGACACCUAUGUAAAUCCGCCAGCUAAUGCACUACCGUACCCAAUUUAUCAUAUCUUUGGACCUCCGUUCAACCAUUAGAACUGUAACAUUGCUCUGACACAGAUGCCCCCUGUCCCAUUAAUACCUCCAAGAUAUUCCUGAAUGGAAACAGGUUUCUGCUGCGUAGCCUGCUCAUUUCUGAAUAAUGGAUAAGAAGAACUUAGGAUGGGUUUGUUAGACUUCACAAAUAAAUGAAUCUGCAAAUGA